AUGUCAGGCAUGCUGAGCAAGCGCCAGCAGGCGCGGAACGAGAAGGCCCUCCAGGAGCUCGUCCACAAUGUUCCGGGCAACAACAUGUGCGCCGACUGUCACGCGCGCAAUCCAGCUUGGGCAUCAUGGAGUUUGGGCGUUUUCCUGUGUAUGAGAUGUGCCGCGAUCCAUCGAAAGUUGGGCACGCAUAUCUCCAAGGUCAAGUCUCUAAGUAUGGAUAGCUGGAGCAACGAACAAGUCGACAAUAUGCGAAAGGUUGGAAAUACUACGUCGAACAAUAUUUACAACCCAGAACACCGCAAGCCACCCGUCCCCGUCGACGUCGAUGAAGCCGACUCGGCCAUGGAGCGAUUCAUCCGCCAGAAGUAUAUGAACAACACCGUAACUGGGGCUGGAAAGCCCAAAUCGCCUAGUCUAGGCGAGGGCGUGCCUCCUCCUCUACCUCCCAAGAAUUCGACAAAGUUUGGCUUUCGAUCAGCCUCGUCCAUUUUCCCUUUGUCGUCCAAGUCGAAGAAGGAGGCCAGGUCGAUCGCGGCCAUUCAGGAUGUGCGAAGCCCGUCCCCAAGGCUAACAAACAAGCCGUCCAAGGUCUUCGGCGCGACGCUGGACCUCGACCAGCCUGAUGAUAUGGAACAGAAGCUGACAAGGCUUCGCGACAUGGGCUUUCACGACACCAAAAGGAACGCGCUGGUGUUGAAGGGCGUCAAUGGUAACAUAGAGCGAGCGAUCGAGACCCUUGUGCGCCUGGGCGAGGGUGGUGGUCGACCCUCUCCUCUUCCUACACCCUCGCCGCGAGAACAGACUCUGCGCACUUCGAGGUCUCUGACGCCUCUGACGCCAACCUCUGGAGGACUGGGACUUGGUGCUGGAUUGAGUGUUCCAACUCGUUCAGCCACAGACCGACCAACCACGCCUUCGAGUGCUUCGACGAACCCGUUCGACAACCUGGGCCCGGCUCAACCUCAGACAGCGCAGUCCACAGGCAGUCUCCAGAACAGGAAUGUGUUUGGCCAGACGAACCCCUUCGGUGCCCCGGCCGCUCAGCAACAGACCGACCCUUUCAGCCAGGCCUUCCAGAAUAUGUCGCUUUCUCCUCAGCAACCUCUAUUCCCCCACCACACAGGAGGGCCUGCGCCACAGCCAACUCAGCAACCCGCGGUUUACCAGCAGGCGAUAGCUCCUUCAGCUCCCACGACACCGAAUGGCUUCGUAUCGGCGGGAUUUAAUAACAACAUGGCAUAUCCUCAGACAAUACAAGCCCAGCCUACUGGGUAUAAUCCAUUCUUUGCGAAUGCCACAAACCCCAUCCAGCAGCAACCGCAACAGGUUCCCAAUUCGAUCAUUUCGGUCAAUACAAACCAGGGCCAAGCAGGAUACAAUCCCUUUGCGCGCUCCCCGACUCGCAUCGCAUCACCAAGCCUUGGGCAGAUUCCUGAACAGACGCAGACCUCGUUCCAGAGCCCAUCUGUCUUCCAGGGCUCUGCUGUAUAUCAGAGUCCAGCGCCCAUGAACCCUCCCGAAACGGCGACAAACCCUUUCUUUGCGAAUGCUACCCAGCCGGCUGCGCAGAUGGGCCAACAGGCGUAUGUUCAGCAGAAUGUGAUUCAGCAAACCCAGCCACAGCCCCAGAUGCAAGCAGGCAAUAAUCCGUUUGGUCAACCACAGCUUGGCCAACAGCUCUAUAGCCAGCAACCACAGGUGCCACAGCAACAACAGCAACAGUUUUAUCAACCUCAAAGACCUGAUAAAGCCUCGAUCAUGGCGCUCUUCAACAACUAUCCUCAGAUGACUCCCCAACAGUCAGCUCCCGAGCCUGUACAGCCGCUGAAUCCUAUGACACAGCCGAUGCAGUCAUCUCAACCACCAACUAUUCCCGAGCACCAGCCAAUGCAAACGCCUGUGGCACCUAUGCAACAGAACCGCAGCGUUUCCCAGCCGCUCUCACCGAGCACGAACCCCUUUAUGAGCGCCGCUCCCGCAGCCGCAGUUCACACCAACACGACGACUACGUCAGAUCCUUUUGCUGCAAGGAGCCGUGAGAGCAUGAACCUUGGGCUGGAUCUUGCAUGGACGAACGGUCGACACAGCCCUGAUGCUUUUGCUAGCCUCAGCGCACGACAUGCAUGA